AUGCUAGUCUCGCGCUUUCGUUGUCCCAGCAAGUUGCGCUAUACCAGGCAAUGGGGCUCGAAAGGCCGUUCUCUUCAUGUGCCAGCAGGCGCGGCGGCGCACCAUGAACGUGGGCCACGGAUUGCUAUUGUCGGCUCUGGCCCGGCUGGAUUCUAUACGGCACAGAAGACGUUCAGAGAGAUUCCUGGGACCGUGAUUGAUAUGUACGAGCAGCUGCCUGUGCCGUUCGGGCUUGUGAGAUAUGGCGUAGCACCCGAUCAUCCUGAGGUCAAGAAUGUUCAAGACACCUUUGAGGAACUCGCCCGGUCGCCGAAUUACACCUUCAUCGGCAACGUGAAGCUCGGACAAGACCUCCCACUGACUCUCCUGGCGAAACACUACGAUGCGAUCGUCUUCGCGUACGGUGCCUCUAAGGAUCGCAAAAUUGGUCUGGAAGGAGAAGACCGACCACACAUCUACUCUGCGAGAGCAUUUGCUGGUGAUACCGCAGUCGUGGUAGGGCAGGGCAACGUUGCGCUCGAUGUAGCCCGAACUCUGCUGGCCAGCAUCGAAGACUUGAAGAAGACUGAUAUGACGGACUACGCAAUUGGAGCCCUUGCAGAAAGUCAAAUUAAGCACGUUCACGUCGUGGGCCGACGAGGACCGCUUCAGGCAGCCUUCACGAUCAAAGAGGUUCGAGAAUUACUCCAGCUUCCUGAUGUCAAUUUCGACCCUAUCCCGGCCGAUCUUUUCCCUCCCAACACCAAAGCACUGGAGCGGCCGAAGAGGCGCAUCAUGGAGCUGCUCCAAAAAGGCUCACCACACAAGCCUGAUGCCACGAAGUCUUGGUCGCUUGAUUUUCUUCUUUCGCCAGAAUCUUUGUCCUUUUCGUCUGCAUCCAGUCCUCCUGAGCUUGACGGAGUCCGCUUCAGGAAGACGGUUUUGUCUGACCCUGAGUCUCCCGCCUCAGGUGUCACAUUUGCGAACGACUACAAAACUCUGUCUGCGUCGACGCUUUUCCGCAGCAUUGGAUAUGCUGCUGAACCCAUUCCCGGCAUGGCAUCCAUCGGCUGCAACUUUCUCCACGGUACAAUUCAGCAUGACGGGUUCGGUAGAGCCAUUCCCAUCGGGACAGAAAAACAGCUAUCCACUUCGCAAACCAACGCCUCGGUCUACUGUGCUGGAUGGGUAAAGCGCGGUCCGACCGGUGUGAUUGCAUCGACCAUGACGGACGCUUUUCAAACGGCGGAAGCAAUCGUGGACGACUGGAAACGUACAGUCAUAUCACACUUGCCUCACCGAGCUGGCUGGCAAGGCGUCAAAGCUGACGCAAUGCGUGAAGGCCAGAAGCUCGAUCCAGUCCACUGGGAUCAAUGGCACAAGAUCGAUGCUGCGGAGAAGCACAUAGGAGAACGACAUGGCAAGCCAAGGGAGAAGCUGGGGAGUGUCACGAGUAUGCUUGAGGCUGCCAGAGCCUAA